AGUCAACGUUGGGUUUUCUAGACGAGCGGUUGUUUGUUGAGAUUUUACUAAAAUAAUAAAUUUUUUCAAAAUAUUUUUUAAAUUUCUUUUUAUAAUAAUAAAAAAGUGUUAAAUAUAAAAAAAUGUCACAAGAUUCAGAAUAUUGGCAUCACAAUGUGGCGGUAGUCACUGGCGCUUCGGUCGGUAUCGGUGCUAGUAUAGCUGUGGCUUUAGCUAAUGCUGGCAUGGUUGUGAUUGGUAUAUCAAGACGAACGGAAUUAAUUGAUGAACUUAAUAAAAAAGUUAAGGGAAAGGGAAAAAUUUUCUCUCGCCAUUGCGAUUUAACUAAUGAAGCUGCGAUUGUGGAAACAUUCAAUUGGAUACGUGAAAAAUUUUACGUUAUACAUGUCCUGGUAAAUAAUGCAGGAAUAAUAAAAGCGAAUUUCUUAACAGAAUCAACUACGAAGGAAAUGGAAGAAUUAUUUCAACUGAAUGUGAUUGCCACGACAGUUUGCAUGAGAGAAACCUUAAAACAUAUGCGAGAAACCAAAACCAGAGGACAUAUAAUCGUCAUAAACAGCGUACUUGGUCAUCGCAUUCCCGAAGUGCCAGUUCCAUUGUUCAGUGUUUACCCGGCAACCAAACACGCAAUUACCGCUCUUUGCCAAACAACUCGUCAGGAAAUACAUUUUCUUAAAUUAAAUAUUAAAUUAACGAGCAUCAGUCCUGGAAUGGUAGACACCGAUUUUCUUAAUGUGUAUUCGCAUGCUGUAGCUGAUUUACCAAAGUUGAAGCCUGAGGAUGUUGCUCAAGCCGUGCUUUAUGCCUUGGAAACUCCGAAUAAUGUACAGGUUGAGGAAGUUAUACUGCAAGCUAUGCGGCGUUAUGAUGAAUAACAGCAUAACAAGUUUAUUAAUAAUAUUAGAUAUAAUUACAGAUUACUAUAUAGAUGCAAAAGAAAAAACAGGCACUUGAUCCUCUUAACUUUAUAAAGUAGUCAUACAUUAUUUCUAACAAGAAGUAGUAAAUAAAAUUAAGUCACCUCAAUCUAUUAUUCAAACCAGAUAAAAUGAUCUAUUUAUGUAAUUAUUAGAAGUAUUUUUAUUCUAAUAUUAUAAAUAUAAUAAAUUAUAUUAUGAAGCU